AUGCUUCCUUCUUCUGAUAUCAAUACACUUGUUCCCGAAAUCAGAAGAUUUUUCACUUCUAACUUCUUGGGAUUAAGUCAGUCUACACUCAGGAAGCUAUUUGCGGAAAUGAAGGAUCAUUGUCGAAAUUUAUUAAUUCCCUGCCAAAAAUUAUUAGCUUCAAAGGUUAGAGAAUCAGAUUGUAUUAGUAUUUCUCUUCCACCGGAUAGAAAAUUCAUGUUUGAACAGCUAAUAGUACUUGAAAAACAAUUUAACAAUGAAACUACAACAGCUAUCGAAAAACGCAUCAAAACUCUAACAGAUAUUAUCAAUACAUGCAAUAUGUACCUCAAUGGUGGUACAAAGAUUGAUGUCAUGCCAUGUAAAACUCUCCUUGAUGUUCCUAUUGAAACAAUUGUUGCAGAUGCAACAGCAAGUACUCGUAAUUGCAUCAGAUCUCUACAGACUCUCAUAUUGUCCACUAAAAUCUUUGUUGUUCCACAAUCAAAUUCUUCUGAAAUUACAAAGGUAAUACAAUUCCUACGCCAGAAUAGCGAUGAUGUAACAUACUGGUAUCCAAGAUGUGACGAUUCUGAAAGACUCUGUACUUAUAUCGCAAAAUUUUAUAAAUUUAAUUUUGAAUCUGAAACGUCAAUGCUGUCAAGUAUUUUUAGUGUAACUCAGCAACUCUUAUCCAUUACUGGACUUGAUAUGGACUAUUUUCCAACAAUUUACUUUUCAGUUUAUCGAAUUGCGUUUGAUAUAUCGUAUCCUCGAUUCUUCCAGUACGAUUGCACUAAGAAUUGUCUCAUGUAUGAGCAUCCGAAAGAAUUUUCUGAAUCCGUGCAAACACAACUCAAUAUUAUUAAUAAUUCCUUAACAGAGAUAUUAUUGGAGACUAAUCCUAUUGAUAUUGGCUUUCAUAUGAAUCAUAUCUUGAAUGUAAUCGGGUCAAUUGUAAAUUCUGAGCGAGAACAGAAAGGAUUACAAAUUUAUACAUUUAUAUCAGCAGAUAUUGUUAUUGAUGUACUUGAAUCGAUUUUAUACAUGUACCAGUUUACAUAUGGUUGCUAUUUACUGAAAAUAAUAGAAAAUUUCUGUACUCAUCAAGUUUUUCCAAACAGCUUUCAGUAUUCAUGUCAAUCAUUUAGACUUGCUAUACUAGAUUUAAUGAACAAAUGA